UCGUUCGCAAUAAGAUCUACAAUAUGCAUUUAGAAAAUAGAUAGCAUGAUUUCAUGCCGACUUUAAGGAAGACUUGGAUCAUAAUGCCUCUCUCUGACAAGCAAACCCUAUCGCCGUAGCCGACUGUCUCUAGGACCCGCGGAGCUGCUGUCGGAGCGGCCUCUGCAGUCAGUGAGAGCGGAGCAUCUGGAGGAGAGCUGGCCGGCUGGGGAGGUGGUGGAGGACGGGGAGAGCGAAGCAGAAGGAGGAUCCGGGAGUCAGCGAAAACAAAAAAGGGGUCAGGCCUGGAACUUGGCGAAGCGGUCACUCAUUUGGCGAUGCCGUCCAACUCAGUCACCACCGCCGCCGCAUUCAAGAGCUCCGACUUCAACUGUGACACAAACGGAAAUCAAAUGAAUGAGAGCUCUAGAAUGGACUCCGUGAUUACUGACGAGAUGCCUUCGCUCUGCACUCCUGUCCGCAAGGUUGGACGGCCUGGCCGCAAACGCAAGCACCUCCCCGUGGAGUGUUACGGGCCAGUGGGCGUGGCUAAGCAGCACAAAGGGGUGGAGCUCCAGUCGUCUUUGCAAUCCCAGAAUGGAGAUGUUGAGAGGCAUGAGAACAAAUCGUGCGGAGGUCGCCACCCCACGCUGGACAAGAAUGCUGUGGAAAAUGGGCUCCCACGCCAAUCAGUCUGUCGGGCCGAGUCGGCCUCUGAUUCAAGCCUGAGCCCAUCCCAGGACUCCGAGAAGUACGAAGAGGAGACACUGUCAACUCUGCCUCGCAAGAAACGAGGGAGACGGAAACUGGAGCGGCCGACUAAAUACGUGGAGCACAAGGAGGACGAGGGUGGGGACUCUGCAAAGAAUGAGGGAGCUCGAGGGAGGCUCCGUGGGGGAGUGGGCUGGGAAGUCAGCCUCCGUCAAAGACCCAUGCCCAGAGUAACCUUCCAGGCCGGUGACCCUUAUUACAUUAGCAAGAGGACCAGGGAGGAGUUGCUGGCCAAGUGGAAGUUGGAGGCAGAGAAGAAGGCAAAACUGGUGUCUGUGAUGAACUCAAUGGAGGACCAUGGCGAGGUAGAGUCGGAGCCUCAAAAAGACAGCUCCAUAAUCACCGUCCCACUACUCUUUCCUCCACCGACGCCGCCAACACAGCAGCAACCGCCACAGCCUCAAGCUCAACCUCAGACCAACCUCAAACCCCAGCCUUCUCCCCAGCAACAACCUCCACCAUUCCAACAGCAACAGCAGCAGCAGCCUACGGACCCAGCCUCUCCAACUGUUGCCACCACCCCAGAGCCCGUGUCUAUAGGCGACGGAGACAAGACCUCACCCAAGUCCACUGACACAGAGUCGGAGUAUGAGGAUGGCCGAGGUUUCGGCAUUGGUGAGCUUGUGUGGGGAAAGUUACGAGGAUUCUCCUGGUGGCCUGGCCGGAUUGUAUCCUGGUUAAUGACCGGACGCAGCCGGGCGGCUGAGGGCACUAGAUGGGUCAUGUGGUUCGGUGACGGCAAGUUUUCUGUGGUCUGUGUUGAGAAACUGUUGCCUUUAAGUUCGUUCCACAACGCCUUUCACCAGCCAACCUACAAUAAACAACCAAUGUACAAGAAAGCUAUCUUUGAAGUGCUACAGGUAGCCAGCACUAGAGCAGGCAAAACCUUCCUCACAUGCCCGGAGAGUGACGACACUGACACUUCUAAGUCAGUAGACAUGCAAAACAAACAGAUGAUUGAAUGGGCCAUGACGGGAUUUCAACCCACAGGACCUAAAGGUCUAGAGCCGCCUGAAGAGGAGCGUAACCCCUACAAGGAAGUGUAUCCAGAGAUAUGGGUGGAGCCAGAGGCGGCGGCCUACACGCCCCCACCAGCAAAAAAGCCCCGCAAGAGCACAGCCACAGAGAAACCCAAGGUCAAAGACAUCAUCGACGAGCGGACUCGAGAGAGGCUUGUAUACGAAGUUCGUCAGAAAUGUAGAAACAUUGAAGACAUCUGCAUCUCCUGUGGCAGCCUUAAUGUUUCCCUGGAGCACCCACUCUUCAUUGGAGGAAUGUGCCAAAGCUGUAAGAACUGCUUCCUAGAAUGUGCGUAUCAAUACGAUGAUGAUGGCUACCAGUCCUAUUGUACUAUCUGCUGUGGAGGGAGGGAAGUGCUCAUGUGCGGAAACAAUAACUGUUGCAGGUGUUUCUGUGUGGAGUGUGUGGAUCUGUUAGUGGGGCCCGGCGCGGCGCAGGCAGCUAUUAAAGAAGACCCGUGGAACUGCUAUAUGUGUGGGCCGAAGGCUCAGUACGGCCUCCUGGAGCGCCGAGCGGAUUGGCCUUGCAGACUGCAGCACUUCUUUGCCAACAAUCACGACCAGGACUUUGAACCACCAAGGCUCUACCCUCCGGUUUUGGCAGAGAACAGAAAACCCAUUCGCGUCCUGUCACUUUUUGAUGGGAUCGCAACAGGGCUGCUGGUUCUGAAGGAGCUGGGUAUCCAAGGGCGUUACGUGGCCUCAGAAGUGUGCGAGGACUCCAUCACUGUGGGCAUCGUUCGGCACCAGGGACGCAUCAUGUACGUGGGUGACGUGAGAAACGUCACCCGUAAAAACAUUCAGGAAUGGGGUCCUUUUGAUCUUGUCAUCGGUGGAAGUCCGUGCAAUGACUUGUCCAUAGUGAAUCCUGCAAGAAAAGGUCUCUACGAGGGCACGGGUCGACUCUUCUUCGAGUUUUACCGGUUAUUACAUGAGGCCCGACCUAAAGAGGGAGAUAACAGGCCGUUCUUCUGGCUCUUUGAGAAUGUGGUGGCCAUGGGCGUCAGCGACAAGAGGGACAUCUCUCGCUUUUUAGAGUGCAACCCAGUGAUGAUCGAUGCCAAGGAGGUGUCUGCUGCCCACAGAGCUCGCUACUUUUGGGGUAACCUGCCUGGCAUGAACAGACCGUUGUCUGCCAUGUGCACUGAUAAACUGGACCUUCAAGACUGUUUGGAGCAUGGCAGGACAGCUAAGUUUGAUAAAGUGCGGACCAUCACCACUCGGUCAAAUUCUAUAAAGCAGGGCAAAGACCAGCACUUCCCUGUCUUCAUGAAUGACAAAGAGGACAUCCUGUGGUGCACUGAGAUGGAGAGGGUGUUCGGCUUCCCUGUCCAUUACACAGACGUGUCAAACAUGAGUCGUCUGGCCAGGCAGAGGCUGCUGGGAAGGUCGUGGAGCGUCCCAGUCAUCCGUCACUUGUUUGCACCACUCAAAGAGUACUUUGCCUGCAUCUGAACUCAAAUCCAGUACAGAUGAGAAAAAUCUAAACCGAUGUAAUACCAAGAGCUUCGAAAGCAAGCUCUCUUAUGUUAAUUGCAAGUUCGACAUCAGAAAAAAAAUGGUAUUUCAUGUUUUGUUUUGGUUUUUUUCUUCUGGUUUGGAAUAAUUGACUUUUUUUUAAUUCUAUUUAAUUUUUUUUAUUAUUCAUUUGACUUUUUAGCAGUGUUAUCCAGUAUUUGAUUUAUGUGUGCAAGCUAUACUUGAGACAUGGCCUCCUUUUAAGGCACUGAGAGACGAUGUAACAAUUUGAGGCAGAAACGAGAAAUUAGUUGAGACGGAAAUCGCAUUUAGUUCGCCCAACCAUUUCGCCUCCUGAGUUUUUCGACUGUCAGGUCGCGGAUCGAUCUAAUUCUCGCGGUGCGCGUCUUUCCUCUCCUCCAGCGUCUGAGCCUUGGUAAGAGCCGGGGGAAAAAAAGUUUUCUCUUAGUGUCAGGGGAGCUCUGUCUUAACAAAUCCAAAACACCAGAUCACAAAUACCUCUUUGUUUACAGUUUCUAUACACAACUGAAGGUAAUAAAGGUACUACUGUAAUAGGUGACAAUAUGGUGCUUCAAGGUGGUGAAAAACAUUGCAACUCAUGUGGUGCUACUACUCGAAACAAGAUCAUGGGGUCACGUUUUGUACCGUCGCCAGGUAACACGAACGACUGAAACCUUGAGAAAAAAAAACACACACACACACAAAAAAAAACAAAAAAAAAACACAGGUCAAGCCAGGUCUGCCACAUCUCAUUUUAUAUCUUUUACAGCCUUUUUGUACAAUAUUCUCUGGUGCUCUUUUCAAAAAAAGAAAAAAAACACACCUCAGCCUUUCAGUCUUUGAGGUCUGCUUCCUUCAGUAUGCCUGCAAUCCGAACGCAUGAAACCAGCCACAUGGGUGGUGAUGUUUUUGUCAUCCAUACCUUGAAAUCAAAGGCUGUGGUGAGCUACUUUUUUUCUAGUGUCACACAGGCCAGAAUCAUUACUGUACAACUCUUAGCGCGCGUGGCGGCCGCAGGAAGGAUGGCGUCGGUCGGUCAGUCGGUCGGUCGUUUUGUCGGCCAGGUGAAUCAGCCUUCAACUGCGGCGUCCGCAGGCUAUUCUCAGUCAGGUGCAAAUCUUUAAAGGUGCGGCUUCACAAUGUUCUUCUACCUUUUAAUAGCAAUUUUUUUGUGCUGUGUUACCAACAAUAUCGAGCACUUUUGUAUAUGUAUACUUCUUUAUUUCUUUGAUUAUUUUUUUGAAAUCUUUCUCCUUGAUUCUUGUGAAUUGUUCUUAUUUUUUUUCGGUUAUGUUUAAUGAUGUGAAACUCUUGCCGUUAUAUAAGGUAAUACUUUGUUGUGUACAGUAGGGCUGUGCCAAUAGAUGUGAACGAAUGAGCUAGGAUAGAAAAAAUCCGUCUGUCGUGCCGGUGGUGAAGGGGCCGAAUUCGAAUGGCACCCCUCUCAUGUUUCCAUGUUCUACGGAGUCGCUUUAUCAUAACUCGCUGCGUCGAGAUACAGUAUAGUGUCUGCUAUAUAAUCCCAAAGUGAGUGUGUUUGUUAAGUAUCCCUGUAGGAAAAGUAGUCGGAUGGGGUGAACUACGUCUGGUCCCUAGCGUAGAUCUGAAAACAUUAUUAUGUUUGCCAAUGGUGGAUGUUGACCAUGUCAAUAAUUUAGUUAUCACACAAGCUAUAUAGGCUAAAUUUGUGAAUCUGGUUAGAAACGGGCUCUAAUGAAAUCCUUGUUAGGCUCUUUUUUAAUUUAAGGCAUUGCACUGCUUACAUACCUUAACAUUCGUCACAUUCAGCGAAGUUGCUUUUAUUAUUUUCCCAAUUUUAUCGACACCCAGAUUUGUUUCUUUUUGUACAUUUUGUACAUAGAAAUUGUCUGUUGCUUUUUUUAAUGACCUAUGAGAUGUACAAAUAUAAUUCUUUGCUAAUAUAUAUCAUAGAAUCAAAACAGCACUCAAAUCACAAGAGGGGGGUAAUUGACAAAAUGGCAACAGGCUAAUUGACAUAAGCUAUAAAGCAGCAGGGUGUCUUUUGUAAUUCAUAUUUAUAUGUGUCGAACGGAGGAUCAAACUAAAGAAUGAGUUCGCUAAGUGAUUUUAACAGUCCCAUCUUUACUGCACAGCCCUACAUACAAAAGUGUGUUUCGAUUUGCUUUUUAAUUCUUGUUUUAAGUACUAAGAGAGGGAUUGUAGGUGUUUCCUAAGGUGCUAAACAUUUUAUCUAAUUGAGAAAAAUAUAUUAUUUGGAAAAUAAAUAAACUUGUCUUGAUAAUAACUGUUUUUUUUUUUUGUUUUUUCGAAUGUUUCUUGUAGUAUUGGAGAAGCACUAUUAUUUUACUCUCUCAUAUAAAGAUAUUAACAAAGGCAUUUUAACUUUGUACUUGAAAAAAUUAAUGAUAAAUGAUGAAAGAUUCUUAUAUUGUUUUAGAAUAGACAUUGCUGUAGUUGGUGCUUAUCUGUGGGAAAUCAUGUACUCAUAAUGGGAAAUUUAAAAAACAAAAAACAAAAAAAAAUGUAAUAAAUUUUGCUGUUAACAUGUACUUGCUUAAUAUCCAGGCAGAAUUGCUUCUAAGUCCUACAUUCCAUGCCAUAUAUCCAGCCCUCCAUCUUCUUUUGUUUCAUUUUUUUUAUUUCUUUUCUGUUUUGUUAAAUUUCAUUUGCUUUAUUUGGGUAUAUAUAUAUAUAUAUAAAUAUUUGGCUGUAACAGCCUCUUGUUUGCUCUCCUAACAGGUUCUCUGUAUAUCUCAGUGACACUGUUGAUAUUUGUGACCUCUGUUGUGUCAUAUAAACUUUUUUCAAACCUUCUCUUCUUUUGCAAUCAGCUCAUACAGCAAAUGUAGCAAUCAUUCACCACCUCUCCCCUUUCUUUCGUUAUGUGCCCAGAACGAAGAAAAAAAGGCUCCUUAUGUACUUGUGCUGGAGAACACUUGAAUAAAUGUAUU